UAAGACCGGAUGUGACGUUCAUGCAUGCAGGUUAUCUGCAGCAUUUCCGGUGAAUGCGUCAAAACCGACCUGGUAUUUAUCGCUGGAAGUGAGCGCUGUGGAAGGAUAAAACGGAGAGGUGAAGCACCUGGAACCAAGAACACUAACAGGUCGUCGUCUGACCUGAGCAGCGGUACUUUCGUGUGUGUGAGAGAGAGCGCGUGUGUGAGUGUGUGAAGCCAUGGUGGAGUAUUACCAGAUAUUAGGAGUCCCGAAAGACGCCAGUCCUGACGACAUCAAGAAAGCAUAUAGAAAACUUGCUUUAAAGUGGCACCCGGAUAAAAACCCUGAAAACAAGGACGAGGCCGAGAGGAGGUUUAAGGAGAUCUCCGAGGCGUAUGAAGUUCUGUCAGAUGCCCAGAAGCGGCGUGUUUACGAUCAGUAUGGUAAAGAAGGCCUGUCAGGAGGAGGAGGUGGAGGUGGCGGUGGAGGAGGACGGCAUUACCAUAAUGGCGACCCCUUCGAAGGCUUCACGUUCCGCAACCCUGAGGACGUCUUCAGGGAUUUCUUCGGUGGGCGUGACCCUUUCACCGAUUUCUUCGGAGACGAUCCGUUCAGAGACAGUUUCUUCAGCGGAAGUCGCCGGCACCAUCAGCACCAUCAACACCAUCAGCACCGCGGGAUGAGCAGGAGCCGAACAGGAAACUCAUUGUUCUCCAGCGGAUUUGGAGGAUUCGGGGGUUUUGGCGGCUUCACACCUUUCGUACCGACGUUCUCCUCGUUUGAUACAGGUCAGACAUCGCCGGUGUUACCGUUUCAGACCGGUUUUCGUUUCAUUUGCGUAAUCGCUGUGCGUGUUUCAGGUUUCAGCUCUUAUGGCCAAAUGGGACAGAUGGGAGGAGGCGGGUUCACAUCCUUCUCCUCCAGCUCGUUUGGAGGAGGGGGAGGAGGCGGAGGUGGAGGAGGCGGAGGAAGUGGAAUGGGGAACUUCCGCUCUGUGUCCACAUCCACCAAAUACGUCAACGGCAGAAAAAUCACCACGAAAAGAAUCGUAGAGAACGGACAGGAGCGAGUGGAGGUCGAGGAAGACGGCCAGUUAAAGUCUCUAACUAUAAAUGGGCAGGCCCUUGAGUUGGGUCUAGGGGAGGAGCGUAAACAGAACAAGCCUCUUCCUGACUCCUCCUCCACCAGCUCCAACCCCGCCCACUCUCACUCCGCCCAGAGAGAGCGACACACGACCAAAGAGCAAAAUGCAAUGAAAAGGAAAAGACCAACGCUGAAUAGCGAAACAAAAAAGUCCAAAGAGUCGUGAGACGUUUCGAAACGACCGGCGGCGUGAGCGUGGACCUGACGGCGUCACGUCGCGGCGGCCCGAGGGAUUGUUUGUUUGUUUGUUGUUUUUUUUUUUGUUUUUUUGUAGUAAUAAUAAUAGUAGUAGUUAUUAAUGAACUGAAAAAAGGUUUUUGUGUUUGGUGGCGUGAAAAACGUCGUUCGUUUUGCUUCACUAUAAAACGCGUUUGAGGAAUCAUUUCUGAAACAGCCGAUGUAGCUAGAAAUAGGCGUGGAUUAAAGACGUGCUUGUGAUCGCUUGGGUUGUUUGUUUGUUUGUUUGCAGGAAUCUGUAAUAUUUUCUAAUAAACUUUAGUCUGUUCUUUUCCCCCCAAAA